AUGCGACAACCAGCAAUGCCCAUCCGCUCGCCCUUCGAGUCUUCCAUCGCGAAGCCGGGCCAAGGCACCGUCGUCCUCUCUCUCCUCCCACCCAACAACCCCACCCUCACCACUCUCACCUACAAAUACCCACUGAAGCUGGUCCCCAGAGCCCCAGGCUUCGUUCCCAGCACAGACCCGGCUGCAUUGUCGGAUUCAUGCCCUUCAAGGCCAAUCCAUCUUUACCUCCUCACCUACGGGGGCGGUCUGCUGCCAGGUGAUCAUAUCGAGGUGUCCAUCAAACUCGAGCCGAGGACCCGUAUGGUAGUGACCACGCCGCAAGGGAGCACCAAGAUCUUCAAGACCGAGCCCGGCAGCGCCAAUGGCAUCAAAUUGAUCAAGGGCCAUCGCAAGCAGAUGCCAGCCAACCAACAUCUGGCCGACAUGAGUCAGCAGUCUCUAGACGUGCGAAUCGGCCGCCAAGCAGCGCUGUGCUACUUGCCCGACCCAUCUGUCCCCUUCAAGAACAGCCGCUACGCGCAAGUACAAACAUUUACUGUCGACGCUGCCGCUAAGGGUAACGAGCGCAGCAGUCUUUGUGUUCUCGACUGGGUUACACAAGGUCGGACGUCGCGCGGCGAAAACUGGAACUUCCGCUUCUGGCGUGGCCGUAAUGAAGUCUGGGCUACUGAUGAAAAGACGGGCAAGAGCCGGCUCUUGCUGCGUGAUUCGGUCAUCCUGGACGAUGAGACCGAGGACCUUGAUGAUGACUCAGAUGAGGACCUUGACGAAGGCGCCGGCGAGAGCGGCUUAAAUAGCCACUCCGGUCGCGCUGACACGCCACCGCCGCAGGCCGGCCUGGUGCCUUUGAACGUCAUCCAGGAACGGACGCGCCCACACGGAGUUGUCGGUACGCUCAUUCUAUCGGGCCCGGUGUUCGACAGCCUCGGCUCGUACCUCAUGCAACAGUUCAACUCUCAGCCUCGAAUUGGCAGCCGGAAUUGGUCCUCCACGGCACCUUCAUCGGCGCCCGAACCAUCGCUCAGCACCAAGGGCGAUGUCACUUGGACAGCAGCUCGUGUACGCGCCGGAUUUGUCCUUGUCAAGUUCGGCGCUAAGGACUUCGAGACAGCCAAAGACUGGCUCGGGGGUCUCCUCCGUGAGGAAGGCAGCAUCACCCGCGAGUUCGGCGAAGAGGCCCUCUUCUGCCUUUGA